AUGACGCUUGCCGAACACCCGAUCGAAACUCCACCGCGGGCACCCUCUCCCGUGCACAGGUUUGGAACUUUGGCCGUACAUGCUGGGAGUCCGCAUGAUCCAGUGACGGGCGCAGUCAUUGAGCCGAUCUCACUUUCCACCACAUUUGCGCAGACCAGCGUAGGAAAGCCAGUUGGUCAGUAUGAGUACUCAAGAUCUUCGAAUCCGAACAGGGACAACUUCGAACGUGCGAUUGCCGCUCUUGAACAUGCUCGUUUUGCCCUCGCCUUUUCUUCCGGCUCUGCGACCACAGCGAACAUCCUCCAGUCUCUCGCCGCUGGCUCCCACGUUAUUUCAGUCUCAGAUGUCUACGGUGGCACGCACCGCUACUUCACCAAGGUCGCGCUCACCCACGACGUCAAAGUCACCUUCAGUCCCAGCAUCGAAAUCGACAUCGCCCAGCUCAUCACCCCCGAGACGAAAUUGAUUUGGAUCGAGUCACCCUCCAACCCCACCCUGACGCUUGUGGACAUUAGGAAGGUCGCCACAAUCGCGCAUCAGCAUGGCAUUCUUGUGGUGGUGGACAACACCUUCCUCUCGCCCUAUGUGCAGAACCCGCUCGACCAUGGCGCAGACAUCGUGGUACACUCCGUGACAAAGUACAUCAACGGCCACUCCGAUGUGGUUAUGGGCGCCGCGGCAUUCAACUCGCAAGACGUCUACGACCGCCUCUCCUUCCUCCAGAAUGCCCUCGGUGCCGUCCCCUCAGCAUUCGACUGCUGGCUCGCCCACCGCGGUCUCAAGACCCUGCAUCUCCGCGCGCGCGAAGCCACCAAGAACGCGACCGGCGUCGCAAACGCGCUCAAGAACUCCCCGAACAUCAUCGCAGUCAAUUACCCCGGCCUUCCCUCGCACCCGCAAUACGCUGUGACACAGAAGCAGCACCGCGAUGGCAUGGGCGGCGGCAUGCUCUCGUUCCGCAUCCGUGGCGGCCACGAGGCGGCAGAGCGAUUUUGCCAGGCUACCAAGAUCUACACGCUUGCUGAGUCGCUGGGCGGCAUCGAGUCCCUCGUUGAGGUGCCGAGUGCGAUGACGCACGGCGGCAUCCCGCGCGAGCAACGCGAGGCCGCGGGCGUAUUUGACGAUCUCGUCCGCGUUAGCUGCGGUAUUGAGGACGAGGCCGAUCUUGUGGCUGAUGUGCUGCAAGCGCUGGAGAAGGCGGUUGUUGGGCCUAAGAUUACCAACGCGCUUGCUAGCAAUGGUAAUGGCAGUGUUUGA